AUGCAGCAAAUAGAGCCAUGUUUACAUAAAACACCAAAGAGAUCGCUGAGUAGGAAAUCCCGAAUACCUACUUUCAGCUCUCCUGUUAAUGACACCGAUGUACAGCAAGAAAUCUUUUGGGAUCCUCAUUCACCAAUUGCACACAGACUAGGCAAUGGAAAACCCAAACAGUCUACCACUAGAUGCGCAGUAGAAAUUUCAGAAAUUGUUAAUCGUAUUGCUCCUCAGGAUGAAAAAGCAGCCUGUAACGAAGGCUCCCUUUUAGGGACGUGGAUUGGCGAGGAUGCUAUUCCCUGCACACCUGGAGUAGUAAAAGCGCGAGCCAGGACAAAGUUAAGUUGUACGAGAGAUCUUAAAAUAAAAAAUCCUGAAGAGGAACUCAUGAAAUUGGCUAAGGAAUUUGAUAAAAAUCUAGUAGAGCUGGAUGCUGUUCAGGAGCAAGAAAAGUUUGGUCAUGACUUCAUCCAGACUGCCUCUGAGUCUUUAAAUAAUUCUAAAGAUGAAAUAAAUACGAAGAAUCUGAAAUCACUCCUUGGUGAAGUUGCUGAAACAGACACUGCUCUGUCUCUCAAACCAGUUGGACAGAGCACUGGCAUCCCUGCUGCAGAGCCCUGUCAGUCCAGCAGUCAAAAGUCUGUAGACCUUGAGGCUGAACUAGCCCUUCAUGCUCUUUUUGACUGCUCUACCCAGAAGUGUAGCGGACAGUUGAGCCAAGGACUAUCAAGUAUUUCUUUAAAUAAUAGUUUCCAUGAAAAUAAAAGCACCUUGGAAGAGGAACACCUUCCUGAGCAAAUUAAAGACGUGCAACGUGUUAAUUCAGAGGCGUAUCAAAAAGAUACUCCGUGUGUACUAGGAAGCAUUCCAAAACCUGAUACUCGCAUGUUGACCAAGAAAAAUCCUUGUUCUUUGAAGACACAAUUGGUGGUCCCCAGUAAGCUUGCUGGAGUAGUUAAUGAUGAUUUUGAUGACUGGGAUACAGAUUUUUUGGCAGAUGACUCUUUUGUGAUGCAAAUAACCCAAAAUCCUGAAUUGAUAAGUACCGAAGAAGCACCACCAAUUCCUACAAAUCCAUCUGUGCGUGGUUUCAGUGAUGCUAGCAGAACGAAGGAAAGCGGUUGCAAUUCAGUAACUUGUUUGGGGAGCGUACACAAAUCUAACACUUUGCAGUUUUCACCUUUGAAACAUUCUAGUAAAAACACACAGAAUGUUGCAAAAUCUCUCUCUUUACAAAAGCCAUACAAUAAGACGGAAAACUCAAAGACAGAUACCAUAGCCUUUCAUGGCAAAUGUGACGUUAAGCCAGGUAAAAUUAAUUCUACUUGGAAAAGUGCCCAAAACAGUGAUAUGAACUACAUUCCUGUUUCAACGCAAUCUCAAGUUAAGAAUGGAAAUGAAACUAUUCAGCCUAAAAGCGAUCCUCUUUUUCCUUCAAGAUCUAAUCUUCAUAGACAACGGACCGAAAAACCUGGGAAUAACACACACAAUAUUUUCUGUCAAUCAUCCAGUGUUUCUACCAAUACGAAACCUAGUGAUCUAACUAAAAUGGUUAACCAAGCUAAUACAGGUCACUUAAAUCAAGUUGAAAUACCAAAGAAAUGUCCUCUGUCAUUUGAUGACUGGAAUGAACCGAAAUUCUCUGAUGAGAUAUUAGAUAUGUUUUGUGAAUCCGGUAGUCUCUGGGAUGCAAACUGUGAGGAUGAUGAAUUGUUAUAUCAGGUGUGUGACGAUAUAGAAAAGCAGACUCAGAGCCAGGAUGUUAAACAAGGAAAUGAAAGAGCUAAAACUAUACAAGGAGCCAGUAUUAAUUCCAGAUCAAAUGCUGAUAACAGCUUCCCAUCAUCUAAACAAGGACUACCUGAUCACCUCUUGGUACAAAAACCAAAUGCAAAACCGGAGGGACUCUCACUGAACGACUCCUGUAGGAAUUCAUCAAAGGUUACACAUGGGCUAUCCGCAACAGGUCACGUAGCGAACUGUAAAAACAGCUCAAGUCCUCUGACUGUGAUCUCAGGUACUUCUAUUGAGUGCAAAUACGCACUGUCUAAAAACUGUCAUCAAGCUGCGUCUGAAGAUACUACAAAGACUGUUUGGGGAAAGUGGUACAGGUCAAAUUCUGUGCCAGCAGGAGAGACUGGUUCUGAAGUAAGUCCUAGUAAUGCAGCAAACGUUUUUAGUAGCAAAACAUCAGACAGCCCGGAUCUUUUGUGUAAUACAGGAAAGAUACCAAGUAACAGUUCCAGUAACAAAACAUCAUUUAUGCCUUCAAAGUUUAAGUUCCGAAAGACUAACAAUUUUCAGGGUGCUCUUCAUGUAGCGUCUGAAAAUCCAGGCAGUCAUUCUGGCAUUGGAAUUACGCUGCAGGGUUUGGAAGGAAGCAAGAAUCAGGUGAAUGUGACUUUGCACAGCAAGCUUGACAAUAAGAAACCACCUUUCAAGAGGCACCUUUCAGAGUCUUUUGCACUGCCUACAUCAGUGUCUGUGGUGGAACAAAAAAAUAGGAAAUGUUCUCAAGAAGAAAUUGAAAGAAAAAAACAAGAAGCUCUUGCACGAAGAAAAUCCAGAAUGCAGGCAUUCCUUAAAGAUGCUUGA